AUGUACGUAGAUUUACACCUGCCUGGUUCUACCUCGCUGGUACAGUCACAUGUGUUAACAGAUUCCUAUGAAACCCUUGGGCCAGGGGGAGACUAUCCCCACAUGCAGAAACAGAGGCAGAAGAGUCACAGUUUUCAUCCAGCUUUCCACGUGCUUAGGUUGAACCAUCCCAAUGUAGUAAGAGCCUGUGAAGUUCCCGAGGAGAUGAACUUUCUGGUUAACGACGUUCCUCUUCUGGCUAUGGAAUAUUGUUCAGGGGGUGACCUCCGGAAGUUGCUAAACAAACCGGAAAACUGCUGCGGACUUAAGGAAAGUCAAAUACUUUCUCUGCUUAGCGACAUUGGGUCUGGUAUCCAGUAUUUGCACGAAAACAGAAUUAUACACAGAGAUUUAAAGCCUGAAAAUAUUGUUCUUCAGGAUGAAGGUGGGAAGAUUGUUCACAAAAUAAUAGACCUGGGAUAUGCAAAGGAUCUGGAUCAAGGAAGUUUAUGUACUUCGUUUGUUGGAACUUUACAAUAUUUGGCUCCAGAACUCUUUGAGAAUAAAUCCUACUCAGUUACUGUUGAUUACUGGAGCUUUGGAACGAUGGUGUUUGAAUGCAUUGCAGGAUUUAGACCUUUCUUACAUAACCUACAGCCGUUCACCUGGCAUGAAAAAAUCAAGAAGAAGGAUCCAAAGCACAUCUUUGCUUCUGAAGAGAUGAAUGGGGAGGUUCGCUUUAGUACCCAUUUGCCGCAGCCUCACAGCCUCUGUGGUUUGAUUGUAGAACCAAUGGAAAAUUGGUUGCAACUGAUGCUGAACUGGGAUCCACAACAGAGAGGUGGAGGGUUAGAUCCUGAGACCAGUUGUCCAAAGUGUUUCCUAAUAAUGGAUCACAUACUGAAUUUGAAGAUAGUACACAUCCUAAAUAUGACCUCUGCCAAGAUUGUUUCAUUUCUUUUGCAUCCUGAGGAAAGCCUUCAUUCCCUUCAGAAUCGCAUUGAGUUUGAAACUGGAAUAAGUACUGGAAAUCAGGAACUGCUGUUGGAGACAGGGAUUUGUCUGGACCCUCGGAAACCCGCUUCCCAGUGUGUUAUUGAUGGCGUAAGAGGCUGGGAUAGCUACAUGGUCUAUCUGUUUGAUAAAAGCAAAACUGUCUAUGAUGGACCCUUUGCUUCUCGGAGUCUGUCUGACUGUGUAAAUUACAUUGUACAGGAUAGCAAAAUCCAACUGCCAAUUCCUCAGCUGCGCAAGGUUUGGGCAGAAGCAGUUCACUACGUGAUUGGGCUAAAAGAAGAUUAUAGCAGGCUUUUCCAGGGCCAGAGAGCUGCCAUGCUCAGUCUUCUUCGGUAUAAUGCCAACCUAAUCAAAAUGAAAAACAAUAUGGUGUCAGCAUCUCAGCAACUGAAAGCAAAACUGGAAUUCUUUCAUCAAAGCAUUCGCCUCGACCUCGAGAGAUACAGUGACCAGAUGGCUUAUGGCAUAUCUUCAGAAAAGAUGCUCAAAGCCUGGAAGGAGAUGGAAGAGAAGGCCUCUCAGUGUGCACAGGCUGAAGAUAUUGGAUAUCUAGAUGAGCAGAUCAUGGCUCUGCACACAGAAAUUGUAGAGCUUCAGAAGAGUCCAUACGCAAGGCGUCAAGGAGAGGUCAUGGAGAGCUUGGAACAGAGAGCCAUAGACCUGUACAAGCAAUUAAAAACAAGACCUCCAGAUAAUGCCUACAGUGACAGCACGGACAUGGUGAAGAUCAUUGUGCAGACAGUACAGAGCCAAGACCGAGUUCUCAAGGAGCUCUUUGGCCAUCUCAGCAAGCUCUUGGGCUGUAAGCAGAAGAUCAUUGACUUGCUUCCAAAGAUUGAAGUGGCUCUAAAUAACAUCAAGGAAGCGGACAACUCAGUGAUGCAGAUGCAGGGCAAAAGACAAAGGGAGAUAUGGCAUUUGCUGAAAAUUGCUUGUCUGAAGCGAUCUCCUGAUUUCCACGUGCCUGCUUUCAGGAUCAGCAUAGGAAACAUCUAUGUCUUUCCUCUAGGGCCAGCCUCACCUGCGGCAGCCACGUGGCUCCCACAGAGCCCCUCAGGGAACGUACCUCACCCUCUGUCAUCUAUGCCAGCCCCUGAAGAUGGGGAAGAUUUUGUCCAUGUGAUAGAAGAGAAUCUGAAUUACCUCAAACUCUUUAGCAGCAUUUUGCAGGAGGCAAGACAGGAGCAGAACAGCAUGAUGGUAAGUCUGUUGGUGUAUCUCUGA